CCCGAGCUGCCUAAACUGUCACCACCCAAAAAGAGAAGAGGAAGAAACUCCCGUCUCGAAAGAGGAACGACCAUACGGAUCAGACUAUAGCCGAUCAGAUUUUUUUUAACUGCUAUUGUUGAUCUUACGCGACAUACGGUGCUAGUCUAUUGUGUCCAGUUGUUUGUUCUGCAACAUGGCGGUUGUCAUCCGUUUACAGGGCCUGAGAAUCACUGCAGGUCCUGAGGAUAUUCGCAAGUUCUUCACUGGCCUCAAAAUUCCUGAUGGAGGGGUGCAUGUUAUUGGUGGGGAGCGAGAGGAAGCUUUCAUUAUUUUUGCUUCAGAUGAAGAUGCAAGACGAGCCAUGACUCGGUCCGGGGGCCUCAUCAGGGGAUCACCUGUCAUUUUACUCCUGAGUAGUAAAACUGAGAUGCAGACCAUGCUUGAAAGAAGCACAAAAAUUGCUGAACUGGAUCAGCAGAGGCAAUUUGAUGAGAAUGCAAGACGUGCUAGAAGAUCCCUGGAUUCUGAGGACGGCAGGGCCAGUAGCAGAGUGGGUAAUGCCCCUUUCUACCCACUCUGUGAAGAAAUUUUUUGUUUGUACCUUAAAGGAUUGCCCUACGCCGUAACUGAAGAGGAAGUUCACGAGUUCUUCAGUGGUUUACUUGUGGAAGAAGUAAUCCUGAUGAAAAACAACAAAGGUUUUAACAAUGGGACAGGUUAUGUCAAAUUUGCAACAGCAAAGGACGCAAUGGAAGGCCAGAAGAGAGACAGGGAAUAUAUUGGGUCAAGAUACGUAGAGGUUAACAGAGCAACAUCAGAAGAUUGGGACAGAGCGAAUUUUAAAAAAAUUGCAACCAGCAGCAAAAGUUAUGUGGUGAGAGACAGGUCACCUAUUCGCAGUGAAAGGAGUUUACCGUAUGAGGUUGGGUCAUCUUCACCUGUAGCGCAGAGGCCUGUGGGAUGUUCUGAGGAAGAGUACUGUGUUCUCUUGGACAAUUUGUCCUAUGCUGUUGAUAAAGGAGACAUAAAGAAGCUUUUUUAUUUUGCAAAUCUUCAGGAUGACCAGAUCCUGCACUUGAUUGACCACAGUGGGAGAAGAACUAGAUCUUCAUUUGUUCUGUUCAAAAGCCUGAAUGACUACUGUCAGGCCCUGGCUCAGGAAAAAAGAGAUUUUUUCAACCGUUCCGUUUAUACCCGCCCGAUCUCAAGAGAGAACAUGCUCGCUCUUCUUGAGUCCGGAAGCACAGAGGUCCAACCCUCUGGAAGUUCUGAAUUUCAGAAGAGGCCUCCAUCAUACCAAAGUAACCCUAAUGAAUCAGAGAAAAUGUGCCUGUUUGUGCGGAAUCUGCCAUUUGAUGUGCGUAAAGUGGAGAUCAUGGAUUUCUUUCAUGGGUUUAAUAUUAAUGAGGACAAGGUUUUCCUACUGCGUGACCAUAAAGGGGCAGGAGUUGGGAUGGCUUUGGUUCUCUUCCCGUCUGAGGCAGCUGCAACGGAGGCACUUUGUCUCAAUGGGCGACGAUUUCUUGGGUCUGAAGUCAUACUAAAAUGCAUUUCACAUUCUGAGAUGCAGCAGUUGGGUGUUGAGCCACCGAUGGGACAAGAGGACCGGAGCUCGGGGGGGAGCAGUGGGUCAUCCUAUCGUUCUGGGAACACUGGGUACUUCGACUUAAAGAGUCCUCGUGAUGGUAAUGCACCAGUCAGUAAUGCUCACGGAAGCAGUGACUAUGAUCCUUUUGAAUUAGACGCCGACGCUCCACGCAACAGAGGUAGUAACACCUCUGCACAGCAUUUUGAUGGUCCUACCUGUGUAAAGUUGAUAAACUUGCCAUUCCAAAUUAGAAUUGAAGAAAUCUAUGACUUUUGCUAUGGAUACAACAUUAUUCCUGGAUCUAUCUCCCUGCAGUUUGAUGAGAGUGGAAAAUGUAAAGGCUCUGCUACAGUGGUAUUUGAGUCUCGCCAAGAGGCUCUCAUAGCAAUUAGGGAACUGAAUGGGAGACCAAUAGGCCCGAGAAAAAUACAGCUAGAGUUUGUGUGAAAGCGAUGUUCCUAUUGAUGGCACGUGUGGUUUGCACAUGAACACAAUGUUGUUGUAGAGAGACAGCAGGCAGACAGUUUCUGAUGCACACAAUAUAAUAUCUGGGUCAUUGGGCUAAAAAUAAAUGUUUGGUUUAAGUUAAUUAGGUCCAAUAUGAAAUUAAAAGUUAUUAAACCAAGUUGGCCCCCAGAUUGACGACGCCUUCAAUAUGUGCUUUGGAAUUUUAUGCUUAUGUCCCUUUUUAAAAGGCACAUUAGAAUUUUAGCCUUUCUAAAUGUUUUGGCUAGAAGGCACUAUAGUUCAGAGAUUUGAUUUUCUAAUUUUUAUAGCUCAAUUUGUGUUGCUGCAAAUGUUGGAAAAAUAUGUACAUAUUGUUUUACUGUUUUGAAUUGAAUUGUCUUCAUAAAUCCAUUUGAAUUGUCUUUUUUAUCUGCCACCUACAGUCCCAACAGUAUAUGCUUGAUGAUAAAUCUUUUGUAAAUAAAGUUGAUGAUAAUCACCA